AUGAAUGCUUCCAAUGGGCUGGACCACCUCACCAGAGAAGCUCACCAGGGGUGUAAUGCUUCAGUCGAGCAGGUGAGAUGGGACUUGGAGCUCGUUGAAGGCUUCAGCAAACAUCACACUGACCGAGCUGCUAGUGUCCACCAAGAUACGCCCCACAUCAAAGUUAGAAAUGUUGGCGCGGAUAAUGAUUGGGUCAUGUGGGGGAGAAUAACACCGCGCUCCUCCUUCUCGCAGAAGUUUCCCCUCACGAAUAAGUCCUUCAAUGAUGUUGCGCAAGGCAACACAAGAUUCGGUGUUGUGUCCACCGAACUAAUGAAAGCGACAAAAGACACCCGUGUUGGGCAUGGGCUUGCUGCCUGGUCUCCGGGGGGGAGGCUUGGGUAUGAUAGGUGCCUCGUGCACCAUGACAUUCUCGUAUGUAGUGUUCAAGGUGGUGAACACCUCGAACCUAGGCUUGGGUGA